AUGUAUGGCGGCGGGGGUGGGGGUGGUGCAGCUGUCUCGGGGGCCACCCCCGAGGCUAAGAAGGGUUCCAUCGGUCACAAGUGCCAGCAACAGCAGCAGCAGAGCCAGCAUCUGCUGCAGCAUCAUCCUCAGCAGAAGCAACAGGAGAAGGAGAGGCAGCAACACCAGCAACAGAACAAGGCGUCCGUGUCGAGGGGGGGCGAGUUGGCGCCUCUGAGCAAUCUCGACGAGGAUCUGGACGACCUUGAGGACGAAAAGGGGAUCGAGCAGAGGGGGGAGGAGGAGGAGUACGCGAAGGAAGGUGGGACCCAGCAUCGGUUGAGCCCCAGGCUGCACGAUAUCGAGGAGGAGGACGAUGAGGACGGCCGAAACACCAAGGAAAGGUAA